AUGUUGCCUCAAAACAAGGACCAGGUGGUGCUACAGAGCGCAGUGUCCCCAGGGCCCCCCACUCAGGGCUUCUCACAACUUGUCGACUCCCCUCCCCGCAACCACCAGCCUCUCCCUCCCCAUCAAUCACUUCCUCCCUCCCAUUCACCUUUCCCCUCUUCCCUUCAAUCCCAUCUACCUUUCUCUUCUCCCCCACACACCUACUCUCCAGAUUCACGUUUCUACUCUUCUGACUCCAAUUCUGACUCUGUGCCACAUCUCUACUCUUCCUCUCUCCCAACCUCUCCCACUUACUUUCACCAGAAUCAUCCCUCUCUCUCCCUUCCACGAUCCUCCUCCCCCUCUCACCUGCUCUCCUCCUCUCCAGUUCAGAAUCACUCCUCUCCCUCUCAGCCACAGAACUCCUCUCUCCCCAUCUCACGCUGCUACUCUCUUUCCCAUCCCGAAGGCCCACCAAGCUCCUCACUUACUUCCUCCAGCCCCAGCCUACCUUUUGGGGUUCACUCUUCCAGGCAGACAUGGCACUUGCCUCAGUGCAGGGAUUCCGGGUCCCCUGGGGUGGUGGAGGGAUGCGUGGCAAGCGAGAGGGACCCUGCAGAGUUCAGGGACCCAGGAACCCUGGCUCAGGCCCUGGUAGUCCAUCUGGGGCACCGCCGCAUUGCACACGACUUGCGUCUACUGCUUUUGCAGCGCCUAUGGCUAGGCAGAACCGGCCAGGCCCCAGUAGUGGAGUAUCCCAUAUGUCUGGUGUGUCUCCGGCCACGCAGCCCCUCCUGCCCCAUCCCCAGGUACAGGACUGGGCCCCAGCUGCUGGCCUUCCCUCAACUACUGCCCUGUGCACAGGGCCAGGAGUCCGGGCCCCUCCGCAUAGGCAUCGGUUUCGGCCUCCGCCUACCUCGGGGCCAGGCCAGGGCCUUGCAUCUAUUGCCAGAAAGAAGGCGGGAGGAAGUCGGACCUCAGGGCGAGAGUGCUCAGGCUCCUGGGUGUCAAGCCCGGGCAUCUCAGGCACCAGCAUCUCCAGCCCCAGUGGCUCAGGCCCGGGCAGAUCUAGCCCCAGGCAAACCCUCCCAGACCGGGAGCUUCAGGCCUCUAGGCCCUCAAUCACCAAACCCCACCCGCAUCUCAAGGCCUCCCCUUCAAGUACCAAGACAAGCCGCUGCCUCUUCGAAGUCCAAGGUUUCCUCUGGCCCAAAGAGGUCUGUCUGUUCAGAGACCAUUCCACCAAAGUUGCCAUCCUAG